AUGAGCGAGGUGAUUGGCUGGAGAACAUGGCAGAAGCACAACAUGUGUACCCUGGCAACACAUGGUUCAAAAAGAAUACCACAGGGUGAGACGGACUGCGCUGAACACUGUUUCGAAGAACGAGAUCGAAUCCUGCUCGGAAAACGUCGCAUCAACCGCGACAUAGCAGCAGUGCCAUCAUUUAACACCGGCAGUAACCACAGACUCGUCCGGGUCAGGCUGAGCUUCGACGAGAAGAUCGAGACGAAGGCACUGCAAUUGGCAAAUCGUAGACAUCGACCGAUGGUAUUCGACGAGGCGGCACUCAUAGCGUUCAUCUCCAGCGACGACUGCGGGAUGAAAGGCAGCUGCGACUACGUCUACGAGAAGUUCGCGCAAAAACUGAGGCGAUGCAUAAAGUCAGCCGAGGCAGCAACAUCACAGAGAGCGAGAGGAAGGAUCUCAGAAGGGGCAGAGAGAUUGCCAGAGAAGCUCAGGGGAUGA